GAACCCAGCAACUACGUGUGCUGCACGUGCAAAGCCCGUCUCCAUUCCGCAUGGAGGCUAGUCCAACAUGUACAACAUGCUCACGGCAUCAAAAUCUACGUGGAAUGUUCACCAACGACAAACUCCAAGACAACCAACAUCAACAGCAGCGGUAGUAGUUCCAGCAGUACCUCAUCGGGGUGCUCGAGUAGUGGGGGUGGACCUCCACCUCAACCUCACAACAUGAGGCAUCAUCUGUUGCCGCCUCCUGAGCUACACAAUCCUUUUGGAGUUGGAGGUCUCUUGAGGUUACCCCUUCCUCCGUUGACAGGUCACGGCCCGGUACCGCCCGCACCCCUAUUCGGCCGACCUGAACACCACUAUCGCAUCGACCAACUAGUAAGCGAGCAGUUCCGCCACCAUGGUCUCAACCUGGCAGCCGCAGCUGCAGCAGUCGCGGCCGGUUCGGUACCACCGCACCCACCUGCCCCACCCCCUCAUUCGGCGGCGGGUUUUCCACCAUCCCCAGCCGAAAGGGGAGGAGGCCUAGCUGGAGGCUGCAGGGACCGAUCCACCCCCAACCACCAAAUCGAACCACAACUGGAUUUUUACUCGCAGCGGUUGAGGCAAUUGGCAGGAACAACCAGUCCGGUGGCGUCAGCAUUGGUAGGCUCCCCCUCGCCCCGGAAGCACUCACCGCCGUUCGCGAGCCCAUCCCCUCAACAACAACCCCAACAACCGCCGCCCCAACAACAAACGGCGACCAUGCCGCCGUCAAUGGCGACCCCAGCACCUUCCUUAACCUCCUCCUCGCAGCCCAACACCAACAACACUUCCUCCAGCUCCUCGAACGGCAGCAACGGUGUCGCCGUCCAUCACAACAAUAACAACAAUAGCAGUGGUAGUUCGCGGCCGCCGAGUACUUCGCCAGAGGGGAAAACUAUUGUGACGGAUACGUUGGAUAUUCCUAGAUUAGCUUCAACUCCUCCGACGAAACCCAGCAGUCCCAGGAACUCCCAUACGCCCACCAGCAACACCGAGCUGCUGCACACCUGCGACUACUGCGGGAAGAAGUUCAGACAUCAACAAAACCUGGACACUCAUCGAAGAACCCACACGGGCGAACUACCUUACAAGUGCACUGUAUGUGACCACGUAUGCGCACAAAGCUCCAAACUGAAAAGGCAUAUGAAGUUACACAGAACAUCAGACGACCGGACUAGCAAUGCAGGUUCAGUAGAAACUCUGGAUGGCGAUGAUAGUGAAGAAGACGAAGAUAUGGAAGAAGAAGAGGAAGACGAAGACGAUCUUGAGGAGGAAGAAGCGGAAGAUUUGAGCAUACCAAGUCACCAGAUUCCAAAAAACGAGCCGAAUCCAUCAGCUUCAUUGGUGGGGGAACUGAUGGAUAAGUUCGGGCUGAGCAACAUCGCACAGUACAGCGAAGCUUACAAACAAGCGUUGCAAGAGUCCAACACCGCGCUCAAGCUGCAACUCGCCGCCACCAAAGAUAGAGACAACAAUAACAGUCUCUCCACGCAGUUGAAGGUACGCGAGGAGUUCGCCAAAGGCCUGUUGCCGGUCCCCCCACCGCAGCCACUGCCUUUGUUUCCUCCGUUCAACGAUCCUCUAAGUGAAGCCUCGAAAAGGCUCAAACUGGACAUGGAACGUGGCGAGUGGUGGCUGCCUGGGCUUCCCAGAGAUGUAAAAGGAGGACCAGGACCUAGCGCCCUCCUUCCCAACCCGCUGCUGAAGAAGGAGUCCAGGAGGAACGAUACCUGUGAAUACUGCGGGAAGGUGUUCAAAAAUUGUUCUAACUUGACGGUGCACAGGCGAUCUCAUACUGGAGAGAAACCUUACAAGUGUGAGCUAUGUUCCUAUGCUUGUGCGCAAAGUUCGAAGCUGACAAGGCAUAUGAAGACCCAUGGCAGGAUAGGAAAAGACGUUUAUCGAUGUCGUUUCUGCGAGAUGCCCUUUUCAGUCCCGUCGACGUUGGAGAAGCACAUGCGCAAAUGCGUGGUGAACCAAGGCAAGGGCCACCUGUUGAGCACAUUACCCAUGCUGUCCGGCGACGAGGACUCCUCCACGAGCAUCACAUCAAAGGAGGCCGCAUGACUCUUUCCGUGGGCUGGAGGGAUGCCACGCCUCCCACCAGCUCCUCCCAGUUUGACGUACUAGUCACGCCCCCCAGAGGCAGCUAACCCCCAAAAGGCAGUAGUACCGCCCCCAGAGUCAUUACCACUCCCGAAGGUGGCACCAUCGCCAGGAGGUAGUACCGCUUACAAAAUGGGUGACACCUUCAAAAGAUGGUACCACUUCCAAAAGUAGUACCGCCUCCUGGAGGUGGUACUUCCCUCAAAAGGUGGUUCUAGCUCUAAGAGGCGGUACUGGCCCCAAAGGCUGUACCCAUUCAAAGACACCGCCUCUAAGAUGUAGUACCGCUUCCAAAGGGUAGUACUGAGAGGGAUGGUACCGCUUCCAAAAGGCGGUGCCGCUCUCAAAGGGUGGUACCGUCCGCAAGGGGCGGUCCACUUCGAGGCCUCCUCCCCCUUAGGUGAAUUCUUGUUGUGAAAGGUGGUUUUCGUUGGUUUUUGUGCGGAAUGGUCGUGAGACGGUUCUGUAGGCACAGAAUUGGGUGGUUUGUGUUGGCAGUGACGUAUUGAGGCACAACUGGUCAAAGGUUGAGACAGGUGGAGAUGAUGUAAUAAAGAAUGUCCUUGGAAACUCCGAAGGUAUCACUAUAAUAUCAAGUUUAAAAACCUAAGAGCACUUAACCAUUUUUAGUCAAGCCAAAUUGAUAUCUCGUGUAUGUUCAACACGUAAAAACAACGUACCUUUUUUAUUAUUUCAUACGUCCUACCUAGUCAACUGUUCUAUUGGUUAUUCUGCAUAGUCAAGUCAUUAGGAAAGCUUUGGAAUACAAUUAGAACGCACGAAUUGAUUUAACAUUCGACUACAUGUCAUGAAAGGUAUUAAAUAAAUUUUAGUCAAAAUCUUAUGUAAACAGUUGUGACAAUACGCUAUUGAAUGUCAUCAGAUUCACCGUCUUCAAUAGUACAAAAUUAACUUAAGCAGUCAUCUGAACAUGUUGAAAUUCGGUCCGCCUUAAUUUGACAGGUUGUCAAAUGCCACUGUCGAACUCAAACCUCCCAAUCCAGCAAAGGUAGACUGGAUAACGGAACUUUAAAAAGACAGAAAUAUGAUCCUCUGGGUCCCACAUAUUUUCUGAGAAGACUGAUAUUUGCCUGAUACUUUUUUAUAUAAAUAUAAAUAAUUGUAAUAAAAGCAUUCCUGUUAUUGAUAAAUUCUGUGUUCCUCGUAUUGUAACAAUAGCGUAGCGUCGUAAAAGACAUGUUGGCAAAUAUUAGUUUUCCUUUGGUAUACGAGGUGUAGCGGCAAAGAAUUUUUUACUUAUAGUAUUUGCUGAAAACCCAGUUUGAUAAAUGUCAAUUUUUCAGAUUUCUAAUAAAAAUCUGGAGCUCACCAAAUCAAAAAAGUUUUUCACUACCUGCUGGAAAUCUAGAAAUUAUGUAGGAUAUCACAAGACAGUUUCUGUCAAGUUGAAAGUUACGCUACUCAUUCUGAUGUUAUAGUAUAAGGUUUCCGAUGUUUAUAGUAUUAAAAAGUGAAGUGGUCCUCCAUUAUAUAUAGUCCAGGAAUUUUUGGAAUUUUACAUAGGUAGGUAUCAAACUAUCUGCAAGUUUUCGAUUUAUAUAAGGUAUAAAAUUAUCUUAAAAUACAGGCACAUAGCAAAAUACAACAAAAUAAUUGCAACUAGCUCACUAUGUGUUAAUACAGGGUAUCGUCAAAUUAACUACGAGUAUAUGUAUGGUAUUUCAACCAGUCAAGUCUAUGAUAGAAAAUGAGGUAAUAUAAUUCAGAUAUUUGUAAUGAACGUGAACUAUGAAAUAUCAAACUACUUUAUUUUCAUCCUAUUCCUUUUUUACUACAUAUUAUGGACAAUUUUAACCACUAUCUCCUCAUUUUCCGUUAUAGAUUUCUAUGUGGUUCACUUACUGUUUGAUAUAAGUUUCCUGGACUAACAUUAAAAAGCUAUUUAGGAGUGACAACCACGUUGUUCGUGUAACUGAUACCAAAGCAAUGUUUAACUUUUUCCUUAUGAAUUAUUAUUAUCGAUUAUUGAGUUUAUUAUUAUUAUUACUUUGUAUAUUUGUAUAUAGAUUUAUAUGUUGAGACUGAGAAUUGCAAUGGUAGCGGCCGUCUCUGUAUACGAGGGUACGCCAAAUGCUUGCGCACAUCCCACUUCUGAUACCAAAAUUUAAAAAUCGUUAAGUUUUGUAAACAACUCGAGAUAGAGAAUAAAAGGAACAUCCUAGAAUGAGUGAAGUGUUGUGUCGCAAAUAUUUGUGAGUCGCUGUAUAUUUUCGGCCCGAGAAACUGGCCGCUAUUAUUUAGGCCCUUGCUGUACAUUCCUGUCAUAUCAACUUUGGCCAGUACUUUUCGCCGAACUGUACAUAUUCAACUAUUUAUUACACAGUGUAUGUUAUAAGUUAGAGUCGUAAUACCUGAUGUACGAAGUGAAAUGUUUCAAUAUGAAAAUAUAUUUCGAAAAAUUAG